UUUUGACGUGUUAAUGUUUUGAUUUCUGCUACGUGGUGGAAAUCUCUCAGAAAAUCUCCGUUUUCUCUCAAGUUUCCGCACAAUUUCUGCGUGUGCCUGCACCAUGGCGGCUGCUGCUCCGCCCUUGACGCCAUGGAGUCCGGACAAGAAGCACAGUGACCGAGAAAGAUGGGUCUGCAUUUAUCCUGCCUACAUCAACUCCAAGAAGACCAAACAGGAGGGAAGGAAGCUCUCCAAGGAGAAUUGCGUCGAGAAUCCCACCUACAUUGAGAUUCGAGACGUUCUCGCUGUUGCCAACAUGAGAAUCGCCGUGGAGAAUAAACUCUACUCCCGAGAGAAAAGCAAGGAAUUGGCGUAUCGCGGGCGAAUACGUGUGCAAUUGAAGGAGGACGAUGGAAAGCCACUAAACCCAGACUUUCCCACGCGAGACAGCCUUUUGCUGUACCUGGGCAAGAUGAUUCCGCAGCUGAAGAGUCGCCAAGGUGGAAAGGGUGGCGGAGAAGCGGCUGCCAGUUCGUCCACCUCUUCAGUGCCACACAAGAAAGGCAAAGGCAAAAGGCGCUGAAGGAUAAUGAGGUCAGGAAAAUCUGCAUUAUUUUG